CUGUCGGCCAAAGUCAUGCUUCACAGUUCCCACUCACGACACAACUCCAUUCUCCUCAAAAUAAAACACACACAACUUGAUCCCCAGUUCGUCCACCAGCGGCAGCAGGACGGGCAUCGCUGGUCUGCCGCCUCGAGGAGCCCCGCGGCCAUGGGCCCCAAGGAUCCUUCGCCGGCACCGAGGUCGGGAACGAUCGCCGUUGCUGAGAACCACGGGCGUAGCGCCGUACGGGAUGCUGCGGCUGAACCACCACGGGUCGAGAUCCCGUUGUCCCCCGGCGCGCCGGCGCCCUCGGAGGACGUGCUCCUCCGCCUCCCCCGCGCGCAGCUCCACCUCAUCGAUCGCAGGCGCAGCCUCCCGCUCGCCGCCGGCGACCUCUCCCUGCUCCGCAUCCGCGCCGGCGGCACCUCCCUCGCCGCCAUCGCGCGGCUCGGCCCCAUCCACUGGCCGCUCGCCCGCGACGUCGCCGCCGUCAAGCUCGACCCCUGCCACUACUCCUUCUCCCUCACCGUCCCCGCCUCCCCCGACACCCCGCUCCACUACGGCCUCACGCUCUCCGACCCCGACUCGCGCCUCGACGGCGUCCUCGCCACCUACACAAGGUUCUCAGCCCAUUCCGUUGUCGGCGACGAGGGGCUCGCCGACAGGGUGCGCGGCGAGGUGGAGGGGGCCGCGUACUGGACGGCCGUGGCGCCGAACGUCGAGGAGUACGGUGGCCCCGUGGCGAAGGCGAUCGCGGUGGGUACCGACAACCUGGCCAAGGGGGUACUGUGGUGCGGCGAGAUGACGGUGGAGAGGCUCCGGUGGGGAAACGAGGUGCUCAGGAAGAGGAUCCAGCCCGGUGACGCUGAGGCCGAGGUCAGCCCGGAGAUGCUCAAACGGAUCAAAAUGGUUAAGAAGGUGACGAAAAUGUCCGAGAAAGUGGCUGCUGGAAUACUAUCUGGAGUCGUGAAGGUUACUGGCUAUUUUACAGGUUCAUUAGCUAACUCACAAGCUGGCAAGAAGUUUUUCAACCUAUUGCCUGGAGAGAUUGUUCUUGCUUCGCUUGAUGGGUUUGGCAGGAUUUGCGACACCAUAGAAGAGGUCGGGAAGGAUGUGCUUUCAACAUCGUCCACCGUGACGGUUGGUCUUGUGUCUCACAAGUACGGGGAGAAAGCCGCUGCUGCGACGAAUGAAGGGCUCGAUGCAGCCGGGCACGCCCUAGGGACGGCGUGGGCUGUGUUCAAGAUCGGCCAGGCCAUCAACCCAAAGAGACUCCUGAAACCCAGGUCGCUUGCCAAAUCCACCGUCCGGUCUCUCUUGUCGAAAAUGUAGCCACAACACCCCUGCCCCCUUGAAUGGUGGGAAACGAAUCUGGGUUAUUAUUACAUACGUAAAGUAUUUAAAUACUGUGUUGGUUGA